UGUUUUCCCAGGGAUGCUGCUGCGGACCGGAGCCUCUUCAUCUCCGCCCGGGCUGGACGCGUCCCUCCUCCCCCAGGCUCGCUGCUCUCUCAGCGGAUCACCUGCGGACUGUGAACGGAUCCGGAGCCCAGAUGUCAUGAAGCUCCAUCUUCUACAUGAGGCAUGAUAUUCAACGAUCUGAUUUCUGAACAACUGGAGAGAAAUGUGAAAAUCCCUUCCUGGCUCCUGCUGCUGUGCCACCACGACCCUUUGAUGGGAUGUCAGGGUGGACUGCUUCAUAACUGAUGCCAUGAAUGAUUGCUUUCUUUUUCUAAAGUGCUCUCAAGGGCGCUGAAGAACUCAGAAGUGUUUCCAAAAUGUGCGAGCGUGGAGAGCCCUUCAGCGGGGGGGAGCUGAGGAACAACAACCAGCGGGGCGGCGUGCUGGGCGAUGGCGAUGCCAACGCUAAUGACAUCCGGGCAGAGGACGGCGGGACUCUGUCAGGGCUGGUGAGUGGAACGGCACGGCGAGACAAAGUCGUCAUCCUGGGGAAGGACACCCAGUGUGAAGACCCCGACCUGGCUGAGUUUGAGAGGCUGGAGGGUCAGGAGCUGGAGACCUACCUGGUUGGGGAUGGAGAGGACUUCGUCGGGCUUGCGGAGCAGAAGACGCCUCCGGGGAAGUUGUCAGUAGCAGCGGAUAAUAACGGCAGGGAAGAGAGGAAGGCCUUCCUGCGUUCUGCCAGCGAGCAGGAGUCCACUGCUUCUCAUGUGUCCGAGAGCAGAGAGGCCUCCAGGACUGAGUUGAGCUCUGAAACUGACGUCUUUGUGUCCUGUCAGUCCAACAUUUCCAGCACUGCCACUGCCAGCAGGUCCCAGACGACAGACUCGUGGCACGUCGCCACCGGUCCUUACUCGACCACCUCAGAGGACCUGACCUCCCAGGCCUGCAUCACUCUCUCCGAGCGAGGCAAGGCGGACCCCCCCUCCCUCUCCUCCAGCAAAAGCACAACACACCAGAAAGACGUGGACAUUAAUUUGAAUUCAACGCUUCACUCGGAGGACGUUGCUUUUAAGGCACAAGUGAGAAAUGGAGCCGUUGCGUGCGGGGACGCCAUUGAUGAGCACAGGAGGAACAAUAACCAGAGAGAUAUAACAGAGGAAGAUUGUGAUCAAGGGAGAAGUAAGCACAAGGCUUUGCCAACUACAAAAAACACACAUGAAGAAAGAAACAGGAAAAUGGAUAAAAGCACACAAGCCAACGAGGCCCCUGAUGUGAGCCCAUCCAAGGCUGCUACAAAGGAGAAUCCGUCAUCAACUACUUCCAAAGCCAUAAAGAAACAGGGAUCGUUUGAUAACACAAUGAGAAAACAAAACUCUUUCGACAGGAGUUUUAAAAAGCAGCCGUCGUUUGAGAACACUUUAAAGAAGCAGGGCUCUUUUGAGCACAGCAUCCCCUCCGGCUCCUCAAGUCUGGAGCGGAGGAAGCCAUGGGGAAGCCCCAGUCGAGGGGCAACACCACCGCCCUCGAAGACCACCUCCUGUUCGCCCAAGAAACGACCACCUGUUUCUCCAGCCAAGGUCCCGGGCAUCAGGGCGCCGAGCUCGGAGCGCAGCGACUCCCCACAGAGAGGUUUCGGUCAAAUGGUUAAGCUGCCAGGAAAGAUGAGCAGUGGCAUCCCCAAACCUGUCGUCCCUCCUCAGCACAAAGAACAAGAACCCAGGAGGUCUUCUUCUCCCCAGAAGCCUAAAAACGUGCGACCGAAAAUCAUCACCUAUGUUCGGGCGAGCCCUCAAACAAAACCCCAGGUUACAGAUGCCCCAAAUGAAGCUUCUGCACCCCCACUGAGAUCCUCCUUCUCCAGUUCACCGGCUCAUAAAGCUCCGAAGGUUACUCCUCAACCUAAAUCCACACCGGUGCUGUGUUCCUCCAACCUGCUGUUUGACAAGUACCGGCAGGAGAUGCAGAAGGCGGGGCUUUAUCCUCCAGGCGUGGCGAUGACUGGGGCGAGCGGCACCAACCCCCCAAGGUUGAGCGGGAAGUCGGGAAGCUUUCACGAGGAUGAGAAAUAUCUCCAAGAGCAGGUUUCUCACGAGGGCGGCAGCGUGUACCGGUCCCCCAGAGCCCUGAGGCCUCAGCUGGGGUUAGGGGCGGUCAGCAGGCAGCCUGCCGCCAAGACCAGAGCUCAGCAGACAGGUCAGAGGUCAGCACCCCCCCAGGACUCUGCAGGAGAUCACAAGAGCACAGAUCCAACCCCUAAGAGUGUCCCGCUCAAACCAGGACAGUCUGGUCUCCGUCCUCCGGGCUUCUCCGCCCUGCCACCUGCCCGUCUGGCCUCCUUCGGCUUCGUCCGCAGCUCCAGUGUCUCGUCUGCGUCCAGCAACCAGUCCAACGACAGCGAUCCGUGUCGACCCUCCCAGCAUCCCAGCAGUGGCAGCGAUGACACACUGUCACACAAACAAACCCCCGGUGAAGCUUCACAUGGUCCGAGCCGUCCGCAUCCUCCCAACGCCCCCAGCCUCCAGCGCCGCUCUCUUCCCCCGCAGCGCUCCUCACCAAUGGCCUCUAGGAGAGAGGUGCCGAAGGACACGGACGCUGUGAUGUCACCGAAGUCGUCCCCUAAAAGACUUGCAGUGGUUUCACCCAAACCUCAGUCACCUGCUCGUGGGCAGACGGCAGCGGUUCAUGGUUCGGUUCGGACCGACAGGGCCCAGGAGCUGGACCGGGCUCUGAUCCAGCAGCUGCGUGAGCGCUGCGAGCAGCAGGCGCUGCAGCUGCUGAGCCUCCAGGCCCAGUUGAAGAAGGCCUCCCUGUGCCUGGACGUUUUCAGCAUCACUACCCAGCACUUCUGUCAAAAGGUAGGACGCUGCAGGAGACUGGGACCUGAACAAGAACCUUAAAGAGUCAGAAUCAGAAAAACUGAUAUUGAUCCACAGGAAAAUAGGGUUUCAUUACAGUUUCUCUAACCAAGUUUAGAGAUAUGUGCACACCUAGAGAAGAUCAAUAUAAAAUAUGAAUAAGAAGUACAGUAUGUGAGGUAUAUAUACUUCAUUCAUUGUGCAUUAUAGUGCAUUAUACUACACAUACAUAUACAUA